AUGGAGCAGAAAGACACGGAGAUGAACGACAAAGGAGUUUCUUCUUCAACUAGUGGAGUUGUUGUUCAAGUCCGGGAAAAGAAAGGACCUUUACGCGCGGCUAUCCCUUACAUGCCUUUUCCUGUAGCUGUGAUUUGCCUUUUCCUCAACACUUUUGUACCUGGAUUAGGUACAUUUAUCUCUGCGUUCACCGUGCUGUGUGGGGCGCGGACGGAUCUGCCGGAUCGCCAUGUCUGCUGUGUGUUCUGGUUGAACAUGGCGGCAGCGUUCAUUCAAAUAUUGACUGCCAUUGUCAUGGUCGGCUGGAUCAUGAGCAUAUUCUGGGGCAUGGACAUGGUCAUCCUUGCAAUCUCUGAGGGAUGCAGGGAUCAGGCACCAGCACAGCAGCUCUGAGUCUAGGAGUCU